CAUCUUCCCACCAGUCACCCACCUUCUUACAGAAUCAUCAAUUCAGUAAAGCUUAUGCGAUUGCCCAAUUCCUUCUGUGGCGGGACUAGAUGUGGUUGGCUCCAUCAAUCUACAGGGGAAUCUUUGCAUACCUAGUCAAUUGUCAGCUAUCAGAAAAUACCCAUGGGAUAGUUCCCAAUACCAUGAGAGUCAAUCCCCAAUGAUAUUUGUUAGAGUCUAACUAACAAAUGAAAAUGUUUGUUAAAAUAUGAUAGAGACUGAAGAAAGUCACAUCUUCUCUAUCAUAUCAGACUUUGUUCUCAAAGACUGAGAUCUUCUGUGAUGUAGCUGGUGAUGAUUUGUAGUGAUGAGAGAUGUUGAUGUCCUGCCCUCCCAUGUCUCAAGUGCCUUGUAGGCCUAUUGGUCUUAGCAACCAAUCAUUACUGCAUCUUGGUUGCUAUGCUAAAAGGUCGACAACACAGGCAGCGACCAUCACCUACAGCUGAGACCCCUCUUUAGUUAUCAUUUCUGAACCCUCCCUUCUGCUUUUGCUUUGCUUUUAGAGGUACUCUGCCAUCACAAUCUGAGAAUAACUCAGUGAAAGGAAGGGCUUCAUUAAAGGAAUACAAAUAGGAGAAGACUGCCAUUCUGCCAAUACCCGAGCACCAGUCCAUUUCAAAUAGGCAGUUUAGUUCUCUUGGUUAUCUUUUGAAUAUGUCCCAAGAGUAUGGUCCCAGGCGACCUCACUCAGUCACGGCCCCAAUGUAUGCGCAACAAGGGAUAAUCAUGAACUCAAUGGCACUCCUCGGAGCAGAGCAUCAAAACCAUGUUAGCAACCUUAAUAUUACAAGCCCAUCGACGACCACGGCAGCAACCACAGCGAAACGGAGCCGUAAAAGACGGACACCCCUCCACAAAGCGGAAGUUAAGGAAUUAGCGGACCAGCGCUGUUCUGCUCCGAAGCUCGAUGUUGACAACCGCGUGGUUGAACGACUGAAAAAGUGUAUUCAAAAAGCCAAUCAUCCGAAUACUUCUGAAGCUGAGGCUAAGGCGGCGCUCUUUUUGUCGUCAAAGCUCAUGACACAGUACAACAUCAGUAUGCUUGACGUGCUGAACGCGGACGACAAGCAAGAAGAUGGGCUGCACAAGCAUGGGGGCCAAAGCAUCGUUGAGAUUAGAAAAUCGCGCCAAUUAAACGCAAGACCGAACAAUGAAGGUUUUGUUAGCAUUGUUGCACAUGCAAUGGAUACCUUUUUUGAUUGCAAACACUACUCUACUCAAGGGAUGUGGUAUAUCAGAUGGACGUUCUAUGGUAUUGCCCUGAAUACUGUCUCUGCUGCCAUGGCUUUCGAGAUGGUUUACAAUCUAAUAUCAAACUGGGCAUGUGAUCAGAAAGGUGGGAGUUCGGCCUACAGCUAUAGCAUGGGCGUAGCACGCGGUCUUCUCUGUAUGGCGCGAGAAGACAAGACGCUGCAAGCUACGCGUGCUCAGAAGGAAGAGGCUGAACGUCUAGCAACUGAGGAACUCCGUGAGCAGCAACAUCGGCAACAAGAAUUAGGGCGGCUUGGAGUUUCCGAACAGCUUGACGGGAAUCCGACUGGAACAUCACGGUUGGCGGAGGACAGCGGUGAAGCCCCUUACAAAGCUCACCAUAGCGACGAUGAUUGCGACGAAGAGGAUGAUCAGGGUGGCCCCACAAAAUUUGAGGGAGUCUCUUUGGGCGAUGUGUCAAUGACUGGAUUUGAUGAGGACAUCAAAGCCGAUUUCUCAAUGCAGGACGAUGAAGACGUUAAUGUUCUUGGGGAUUGGGAUGAGCAGAUGGCGAAACUCGUGAAAAAGGAACCGUCCGACCCGGACGAUAUGAGCGCUUUGCAGAAUUUAAAUGUAGCAUGGUCGUCCGAAACACAAUUGAUCAGGUUCCAGGAGACAGCAAGCCAAGUUGCUGAUGAGUUUUUACAAGAGCAAGGUGUCAAAUUAAGCCAUCGCAAUACAAGAAGAGCUGGUGUGCGCGACCCCAACGCGUACAACCAAGGGAAGAGAGAUAGCAGAAAGAUCAAUGUUCGUCAAAAACAACUGGAGCAUUAG